GAAGAUAAAAUCUUAUGAGACAUCAUUCCAUCGAUCAAAAACGUCCUUGAAAAUCCUUACUGAUUCUUGAAGCCCAACAAAACCAUCUCGGCCAAUCAACGUGCCAUAUCAAUUUGCUACUGCCACCGCUGAUGAUGAUUAUUGAAACGAUAGCACACAGCUGACCCCCUACCGCCAACCCUCGACUAAAUGUGUGGGAUUGGUAAAUUUAUUUUUAUUGUUAUUAUUAAAUUUGUUACAUUUUGAUAAACGCCGGCCGCUCCGUCCGAGAUUCGAGGAGAGGGCCUCUCCGGGCCGGACGUGACAGCUGUUCUCUAAGCAGUCGUCGUCACCACCGUCUACCCAUCAUCGAGUCCGUAGGACGCGCCGCGUAGAUAACAAUUUAAAUCAAUUUGACUACCGACGACCGGCUGAACCGGACCAUAAUAACCGUUACGGUGGGAUGAUAGCUUCCCUCUGGUGUUGUUGAUUCGGAGACUGGAGGAGACGCAUGGUGUCUCAAUUGAGGCGAACACACGUUGGUGGUGGAGAUUUAUUUUUAUCUCCAGAUGGCGCACGGUGCGGUGGGCUGACGAAUGAUGUCGUAUGUCAUCCACCCAGCUCAGCAACAACAGCACCUGAUGCAGUUAUGUUCCGUCAGCUACGCGCUCCGCUCAGCAGUCUCGUGCCGUUAGUGCGAAAGGAAACUGUUCCGUGCCGCAUUAUGGAACGCAAGGUGGUGGUGAUAUUUGCCGUCGUCAUAGGUCAGCUGGCAAUGAUUGGCUGGGGUGCGAAUAUAGUGUACAUCAGCAGUGUCGCGUCACCGAGUCAUUUUCUUUGGAGCCAACGGCUGUUCCAACGGUUGGCCAAGGUAGGCCACAACGUAACGGUGGUAAAUCUCUACAAGGAGGGAACGGUACAAGGCGUACACUUGCUGAAAUUGGAUGGCGUAAUUGAUGGUCUGGAUUCGGAAGAUGCGAAGCUAGGGGAAGAGCAAGACUUCGUUGCGUUUGGACAAAUGAAUCCGAUUGAAAUGCACAUGGCAUUUGCGGAAUUGGAACUGCAGGUAUGCGAGUUGGCUAUUCAAAGUAGUGGAUUUAAAAGACUGUUGGAAGAUUCGAGGAAUAUCCGAGUGGACUUAGUAAUUCAUGAUCAUUUAGCCGGACCAUGUUUGCUAUCCUUAGUGCCUGCAUUCAACUACCCUCCACUCAUCCUGGCGUCAGCAUACAAUCGAAUCUCAACAAUAUCCGUACCAUUAGGUACGUUGAUACAUCCAGGUUUUGUACCAAACCAAGUCUAUGACGUAAACGAGCCAAUGAGUUUCUUCACAAGAAGCUUCAACUUUCUACUUUCAUUCUGGGAGCACUUCUUCAGAGAAUGUGUCUAUUACCCAAAGCUGGAUAGAUUUGUCAAGAUGAAUCUCAACCAAUCGGACUGCGUUUCUGACCUAGAGAAACGCUCCUUACUGGCCAUUUUGAACUCGAAUCCACUUCUAGAUCAUCCUGAACCAACAACCGAAAACGUGAUACGAGUUGGUGGACUACACAUACGGCCGACAAAUCAACUUCCAAUAGACUUAAUCCAUGUAAUAGACAAUUCAUCAGACGGCUUCAUCUUACUCUCACUUGGCACAAAUGCUCGAAGUGAUUCGCUCGAUUCCGCGAUACUUGCUGAAAUCCUCAAAGCCAUGAGUGCCCUUCCAAGCAUCACCUUCCUCUGGAAACUGGACUCGGAAGAUUGUCUUCCAACCACCAACAAGCUACCACCGAACGUCAUCACUUCGCCGUGGUUUCCCCAGAACGACCUGUUGGCCCAUCCGAGAAUUCGCCUAUUCAUCACCCACGGUGGGCUGCUUAGCAGCCAGGAAGCGGCUUGGCACGGAGUUCCGAUUGUUGGGUUGCCCAUUUACGCGGAUCAAUUUGGAAACGUCAAUCAGCUGGUUCGGAAGGGCGUUGGACGUCGGCUUUCGAUUGUGCAGUUGAAAGCGGACGAAUUGAUUGGUUGCAUAGACGAUGUCAUUCGAAACGAAAGUUACAAGGAAAAUGCCAUAAGGUUAUCACUACUUCUCCGCGACCGGAAAGACUCCCCCUUAGACGUUGCCGUUUGGUCCAUCGAAUGGGUACUAAGAAAUUCCGAGAGCAGUCACACGUGGAAUCAAUCAUUAGUCAAUUUGGGAUUUUUACAGAAGCAUUCGUAUGAUGUGGUUGCCGCUUUUGUUUGCAUUGCAGUGGUGGUGGUGGUUAUACUUCUAGUGAUAGCGAUUCCCUCAAGCAUACAUGUAUUAUUCAAGAAGAAAAAUAAAUCAAAAAUUGAAUGAAACUUCUGUCUCUAAUGGUGUGUAUACUUUCAGGUAAACCCCAUCCCCAACUGAACAUUAAUCCUGCCGAGAAAUAGUGAAGCAAGAUACCGUCACGAACAGCAAUUUCCCGACAAAAUGUGUUGAAAACCCUGAAAGUUGUACUCUCUUUCGCCGUUAGGCUAUAUGGGGACUCGGUAGUGGACUGCGGCAGUCAUGCAUGGUUUGGGAUAUUUUUCGGUUCAAAGAAUGUUUCUCAAUGGAAUCAACGGCACGUGAAGAUUGAAAACAAUAUCUGCUGUACUAAUAUUGGAGUUGUGGUUUGUGGAAACGAUGUGGUAAGGAAAAGGAAAUAUUAUAUUGGGAUAGAUUUAUUCUUUUAUAGAUACUUCAACUAAGAAAACCCCAAAUUUUCAAGUCAUUUGGUCAAAAAUUGAGCCUUGUAGAUUUUUUCAAAGUUGAGGUUUUGUGUGGUACAUUACUAGUGUUGUUUGUCUUUAUUUUAUGAGCUUUCUUCAUGUAAAACUCAGGGAAAUUUGGAUAAUGUGACAAUAUUAUUGGUGUUUCUGGGUAUAAAUAACCAAUACAUUUCAGGGUUUGUUUGGCAUCUAAUCACAAAAUUAUUAUGUUUUAACAACAUGUAAAAAUAUUGACUUUUAUGAAAUUUUUAAGAAAAACUUCGUAUUAAUGAGAUCCUGUACUUGUUUAGGAAACAUCAGAAAACGGCGCCGUAUCCUGGAUCUGACGUGCAAUUUUGUCUAGUUUUUGGCUCUAUAGAUCACAGAUUGCGCAUUUUUGCGCUAAGCACGAAUUUUUUUUCUGUCAGGUCACAAUGGAGCCGCAUGGUUGCGGAAGAAGUAAUAUUGUUUGAAGUUUAUAUUUUAUCUUAACAUAAUUCAAAUUAACUUGAGGUAAUUCUGAUUCUAGUAAGAUGCCUUCACUAAGCCACGUGAUCAUAGAAGGAGUGGGAGUAGAAUAUGGGAGGGGGGGUUGCUGGAUAACGUAAUGGUCACAGUCUGACAUUUUUUAGUUAUUUUUUUCUUCAAUAUUAUUUUAUUUUAUGACCGAAAAUCACAACAAGAUGGGUGUUUCAGUUAAAAAAAAACAUUGAACUGGAGAAGAGGGAAGUGAUGGCUAAGAAUGAUUAAGUCUUUAUUUACUUAGACACUAUCUACAUUCCGAUUGUAGCUUCACCAAAUACUCUUUUAACCAUAAAAAAAAUAAAGACACUACACCGUCUUCAGCCAAAGGCUGCACAGACUGAACAUUACCAUACACGAGACAACGGACAACACACUUAACACCCAGUGGCCCAAUGGAGAAUUUUCCGUUUGACGAAAAGUUUUCCCCGACUGGAGCGGGAAUCAAACCCGCACUCCGAGGCUUACGAAACGCCUAGACGGCUGACGCCGCUAACCGCACGGCCACGAAGCCCCAAUAAAGGUUUAACAAAAACUCUUUUAACCAUAAAAAUAAAGGCAAAAAACAAUUGUGAAACACAUGUGACAAUAACUACAAACCAUUGCUCAUUGGUUUUCUUAAACUGGUCGUUUUUUCGUUUCAUCUUAAUCGUUAGAAUUGUUCAAAAAGCUUGGAAGCAAUCCAUUCACGAACUUCUAUCGUAGUUUCAAUAUUGCAUCUUUUGCACCGUAUUCGACCCCCUGCAAAAAUUUUUUGUCCCACCACAAUACCCAAGUAACAUAACUUGUUAUAAUAAUGUAUAUAAUACAUGCUUCAUACAAACGUCUAUGUUUUGUUUCAACUAUGGAAAACUUAUUUUCGUACACUUAUAUCACCGAAAAAGUGCAAAAAAUGGCGGCUUAUAAAACAUCUUCAUGAUGUUACAAAAGAUGUUUUUCCAUAUAAGAUAACAUAACAUUAGAUAUCGAAUAUGUUUUCAGCAACAUCGUAAGAACUUAGUUGAUGGUAGCAGAAACAUCACGAUUUAUCAAAUGAACACUGCAAAUAAUUGUGACACCUAUUAUGUGAUGUUCAGUAAUGGCUGAAAAUAAUGUUCAUGCCUUACAUUUCAUUUGUAAUUAAUUAUCUCGAUGUUCAAUCACUAUGACUUAUUAUCAUGUGCCAUUCGAAAUUUAUGGUGAAAUAAGCACAUUCACCUUUGAUGUAUUCAUUCGCUUUCCAUCAGAUCGAGAACAAGAAGGAAGGUUUUAGUCAUCUCUCUGGUUUUUGUGAGAUUUUUGAACAAAUUUCCAGACAUGCAACAUGGUGGCUACUUGACACAGCACCGUUUGGAAGUUUUGAAAUGCUACUUUUAAUCAUUGUACUAAAGAUUUACUUGUAUUCGUUAUAUAUAAAUAAGGAAAUUAAAUCACUUUAUUGAAUGUUUGAACUGCCCCAGAUAAAUAUUUUUUGGAUAGGAUCAAUCAUGAUCAAACGGCUAUAUAUACAAAUAUUAGUGUGAAACAUUUUAGCAGGCACUGUAAUCAAACAGUCCUGAUAGGCAAAAAUCCCGAAUAUUAUAGUUACGUUUUAAUAACAUCGGGUGUACAUCACAACAACAUGUUUUUCGAAUACUACUUGAAUCAAAUGAAAUACAUUGAAAUAACAUCGUAAUAACGUUUUUGCAACAUCUUUUUCCAAAUGACAUACAACGAUGUGAUUGUUGUUUUUGAAUACCUGUUAUGGACAUAAAUAUAACAAUAACAAAGUUGUAGUGCAGUUUCUGACUCCAAUCUAAAAAAUUUGGUUUCUAGUGUAUCGCGGAAUAAAAGUUAGAGUUUCUAAGUGAGAUUUCGCUGUCACGUAAGUACCCAAAGUAAUUUUUAAAUGGCAUAUAAGGCCUGACACUGAGGUGAAGCUCAAUGGUGACUUUCCUCUGCUGACCCAUUAGGACUCGCCAAGAAUUUUUUGAGAAUAUUCUUAUAGCCGUUAAGCAAAUUUGGAGCCUGGAUGACAACGAAAUAUUAACUCCAGGCAUUCAACAAUCGCAAAGCAUAAAAUAUUAGGGUUGGAUUAGUUGAAAAGCUUCAAGUGCAAAUGAUUUUUCAUAAAUAAUGUUCAAGUGAGAGAAGAGAGAUAUCAAAUUGAUAAACUUAUACACCAACGUAUUUAAUACGUAAAUUUAACGCAUUCUUAAGAAUCUUAACAUGCUUCAGCCCAAAGGUUAUAACUAUGUGCUGUUGAUGUUUUUCAUAAAAUCUUGAAUUGAAGGAAGACAAUGAUACAAAACUCUAGUGCAAUUGACGUUUAAUUUACGUUACUCUAACUUGUGGUUAGGUUGAUAACAUUUUUCAGUGACUUGUUAUUGCCAAACAUAGUUAAAACAUGAUUUUAACAUAGGAUGUGUUCAGAUUCGAUUAUAGUACUAUACUACAACAUCUUUUUCGAAUUUAACUUUCAAAGAUGUUUUCUGUGUUACUUGGGUAUGUUCCGACCAGUUUUAGCAUUCAUUGGUUCGUUUCGCUGCUAGAAUUUUUCAGCGUCGGUUACAUUUCUUGGGAAGAGCAUGGAAUAAUCGGUUUGUUUACUUGCUACUUCCUUUGGUGUUUGACGUGUGAACAAAUAUUUUAAACAUUUGAACAUUGGUAAUCUAAAGAGCAAAGCAAGAUGCAAUAUAUAGAGACACAAAUUCAUCGACAUCUACGCGUUUCACCUUUACACUCACAUCGCUACAGUUCAAAGCAGCUGUCAUCUAUAAAAUAUAAAAAGAAUUCACUAAACGGCGUAAAACGCUACGUUAAAUAUUUUUCGCGUUAACAACGCGAUCACCAAGGCAAUCUUUGGUUAUUUUAAUCGCAAUUUUAUGAAACGAUCAUUUUACGCUCUUUAGUGAAACCCCUUAAUGUUUUAUUGUAUGUUAUUCAUGCGAUUUCGUAGAGCACAUUUCCACUUAACGACACACAGAGUUAUAAAGAUUUUGAAAAUAUUUGCUGGUGCUCUACUGUUCAUCAAUAUGAUUUCCAAUCUCUGAUGAUCGUUUAUCACCCUUCAAUAUUGCAAAUAUGUAUUGCCAUUGAAGAAUUGUAUUGUAUUGAAGAAGAUAUGCGAUCCCUACACGCUCGAGAAAACUGGAGGAACUUCUCCCAAGACCAACGGAGAUGGUGUAACUCUACUCUACGCUCGGCGUUAGAGUAAAGUUACGUUGUAGCCAACAACGUGUCAAGGUAGGUAGCAGACAAAAUUACAUAUACACUCCCGAUCAAAAGUUUGGGGUCACCCCCUCAAAAACAUGUCAUUUUUUUAGGCCCAUAUCUCCGCCAGUUUGCGCCCGUUUUCAAAACCCUAGAUCAUAAGUCAAAAAACAUGAUUAAAAAAAACUUUUUCAAAAAAAAAAAUGUAAACUUGCCAAAUUUUCUAAAAAAUGAAUAUAUACUUACGGCAGUGUCGCUGGAAAUUAGGUCGACCAAAUUUUAAGAUGAGAGUGGUAAUAUAACCCAUUUUCUAUAAGCUUUCAACUCCUUUUUACAGAACUUAGCUAAAAAAUCUAGAAAAAAAAGUUACCAAGUAAAUUAACUCUUCAUGACAUCGACCAAAAGUUUGGGGUCACUUUCGUAAAACAUGGAAAUGUGAUUUGAUGAUAUCUUCGUCAUCAAUAGUUCAAUUUUAAUUCUUUUUGGCUCAUAUAAAAGAUAAUUAACUAAAUUUAGGUUUGAUGUCUUUAACUUAACGUAUUUAACGAUUUUUGUAUAUAAAAAUGUUACGUAAAGAUAACACAUUUCACCACAUUUCAAAAAAUGAGGCAACUUUACGUUAAGUUUUAGUAUAUCAAUUUCAACAAAUAUGUGUGGUUCAAUGUCUAUGCAGUAAGUAUCAUUUAUCAUGUUUCAAAUAAGCCAAGAAGAAUUGAAAUUGAAUGAAAGAUGACAAAGAUAUCAACAAAUCACUUUUCCAUGUUUUACGAUAGUGACCCCAAACUUUUGGCCGAUACAUCAUUUUGAGGGGUGACCCCAAACUUUUGGUCGAUGACAUCAAGGAUUAAUUUACUUAAUAACUUUUUUUUCUAGAUUUUUUUAUCUAAGUUCUGUAAAAAGCAGUUGAAAGCUAAUAGAAAAUGGGUUAUAUUACCGCUCUCAUCUUAAAAUUUGGUGGACCCAAUUUCCAGCGACACUGCCGUAAGUUCAUAUUCAUUUUUUAGAAAAUUUGGCAACUUUGGGUUAAGUUUACACACAAUUUUUUUGAAAAAGUUUCUUUUAAAUCAUGUUCAAAGUUUCUUUGACUUAUUAUCUUUUGAAUGAGACCUAGGGUUUUGAAAUCGGGCGCAAAUGACCUGUUUUUGAGGGGGUGACCCCCAACUUUUGAUCGGGAGUGUAUAUUAAUUUAAUUCCAUUAAAGAUCUUAUGAUCAAAAAUGAAACAAGAAGCACCCGAUUCUUUUUUGCACGGUUCAAUCUAUAACCGAUUCUGAUGACAUUUUCUUCCCAUGUAGGUACAAUUAGUACCGUGUAUGUAAAAUCAGGUCAUUUGGUUCAAAUUGGCAGAGUUAUAGCAAAAAAAAACGAGCCUGGAAAAAAAUGUAGAACCAUUGUGCACUGCAGCAACUUUCACGAGUAAAAAAGAGAGAAAAUUGAACCGGAGAUGCAUGUCAAAUGAAAAAUCGAGACGAAUCCGGUGAAUCACACACCACGUGCUGAUCUGUGACAUUUCUCGACGUCAAAAUGUUGUCAGACUUGCUCAUUUGAAUAAGCAAUAAAAAUUAAGAAAUUUCUUCUAAUUUCAUGAAAUUUCGCCAAGUUUUACCAAAGUAUUUGUAGAUUUUGAAAUUUUGAUUAUUUUCAAAAUUUUUUUUUCUGAGAAUUGUUUGACCCCGUUAUCUUCUCAAGAGAAUAUGUGAUAAAGCAUCUAUACUUGAAUAGAAUAACGAACUCUGAAAAUUCGAGAAAAUUCGAGUACGAUCAGAGAACAUCGUGAAAGUCCAAUAAUUGCAUUUCUUAGUCAUCAUUUUUCUGCUGAAUUAUUAUUGAAGAAAAACUUUUGACAGUUAAAUAACGGUGUCAUAAUUUGCGGCAAAACUUCUUUUUAGACAGCUAAAAAUAUGGGGUAAAAUGCAUUCCCCGAGAAAAAAAAAAAUUUCGAAAGUUUGUAAGUUGGCGCAUCUGGAUCACAUAUCAAAUGAAAGCUCUUGGGUAAUCCUUCAAAACGUAGUACAUACUCAGUUUUUCAUCCUAGUUCUGUUGGUUCGAAAACAGGCGCCCUGAAAAUCGUCAAAAAAAUUAUGAAAACAACUUAUUUUUUCAAAUUAAAUAUCAAAGAAUAUCCAACGCUUGGCUUAAAUGGAAGUGCCAUAGGAGUAGAGAGCCCAUGCAAAAUUUCAGCUGAAUCCGUUAACUUUUGCGGAAGUUAUUGCGAUUUUAGUGAUUUUACCUAUUUUUAGACAUGAAAUCUUUGAGGGCUAUUUUACCCCACUCCCCCCUAACGGAAACAUCUGAAAAUCGGCCAGAUAUCAUCUUUUAUAUGGAAAACCAUACCCCGAAAAUUUCAGCUCAAUCGGAGCACAUCGAUACAAGAAGGGGUUGCGGCUCUCGCGAACUGGCUCUUAAUAGUAAGAGAUUAUACGUGAGCUCUUGAUCAAUAUUUACUAAUUUGCUUGCAUAAAAGUGUAAAAUCUUAUUAGUGUCUAUGUAACUCGGGAAAUGGCAGAUACUCUCUGCUCAGGCGUCUUCCUUUUUUAUUUCGAUUAUUCUGAAAUAUCGGAAAAGCCAAGCUCUUCCUAUGCAUCUUAUUUUUCACAUCGAUCUCACUCCCAGAAAGGAUAUUGAUUCGUGUAUAGUGGUGGACAUGACAUGGCGACCGUGACAAUAAUGCUAACAACUAUAUAUCUUCUUCUUCUUCUUCUUCUUCUUCUUUAUGGCUCUACGUCCUCACUGGGACUUGGCCUGCCUCUGUUCAACUUAGUGUUCUUAGAGUACUUCCAUAGUUAUUAAUUGAAGGGCUUUCUUUGCCUGCCAUUGCAUGAAUUUGUACAUUGUGUGGCAAGUACAAUGAUACACUAUGCCCAGGGAGUCGAGAAAAGUUUCCCGACUGGAACGGGAAUCGAAUCCGCUAUGGAUUGGCGAUCCAUAGCCUUAACCACUAGGCUAUCUGGAGACCAUAUGCACUCCUUUGAACAUGCAAUUUACUUUAAGGGUUAUUUGCAAUAUUCUAUUCAGCAUUAAUAUUUGCUCUUCUAUUUUUCUCCUUCAAAUUUUGAAUCAAUGGGAACGGUCUGAUUAUAUAAACUAUAUGAAAUGUCUGGAACAACACACAAUCUGAACAUUGUAGAUAACAAGUGUAGAUAUAAAAACUGUUCUUUGAAACAAAAAAUCAAUUCAACCCCCAUCAGCAAGUUCAAGAAUCAAUUCCAAAAACAGAAUCUAAACUCUGUUCCACAACUCGAUAGCACCGCAAACGUCUUCUUUGAACUUCAGUAUGAGCAGCACCCAUUCAAUGAAAACACACCAAAUCGCUAUUUGGUUUUCUUUUCACCGUCCGACACCAUCGCCGUCGUUGUCGUCCUCGUCGUCGUCGUCGGUCGUCGAUAUCGUGAUAGCCAUGCGACCGAGUCUCUUUCGGUCGAUGUUGAUGUUUGGCAGAGUUGUUUCGGCCAUCGUCGGCCGCAUGGGCGGGGGGCAUAAAAACAAGCCGGCUGCAUAAAAGGGUAACCUACACGGUGUUCAAUAAGUUCGGAUACACAGUAAAAUUGAAUUUAUUUCCCAUCUGUAAUUCAGUUUUACAAAGUGAAUGUAUUAAUUGAAAGCUCACAUAAUACUGAUCAAAUACAGUAUAUGUUUUGAAAUAAACUGUCCGUUAUCCUUUUGUAAUAAUUGCAAAUGUGCCUCAAGUUCCUUUUGGCCGGCACGCACGUCUGUCAUUGGUAUUUCGUCUAGCUUUUAUUGAGUAAUGGUGUUAAGUUGAAUCAAAUUAGGUUGUUGUCCUGAGCAUUAGUGGUAGCAACUAUGGCGAUACGAAAUAAUCUAUAAGAUUCAGAUUCGGUGAAAUACGGACUCAUUUUAUUUUGAUCUUUAAAAUUGCUAAAAUUGCCGCUGUACCUGGUUUAAUGAUUUUUGUUCUGUCAAAAAGCAAGGUUGCGUUAUAUCUCAGUUUAAUCCAUAGUUAUGUUUUCCAAAACUUGAUUAUAUCCCUAUUGUGGCAAAUUUGAACCAAAAUUGGCUUUAUAUAAUGUUUUUAUGCCUUUUUCAUAGAUUUAAGCACAUUUUGACUAAAUUUGCAAAUUUAUCACCAUAUCAUCACUGAAAUAGCAGUGUAAAGGUUUUGUCUAUUAAUUUAGUUAUUUUAAUAUAGUAUAGUGAGAUGUAAACUCAAAAGUCAACGUUUUAGACUUCUGUAGCUUGAGCAACUUAUCGAAAAUUAUUCCAGCGUGCCGGAGCUAACAAACUUUAGAUACAUCACAGGCUUAUAAAAAAAAGUAGAAAAAAGCUUUAUUCAAAACCAUAUGCUAUAUUUGAUCAGUGUUAUAUGACCUUUCAAUAAAUACAUUUACUUUGAAAAUCUGAAUUACAGAUAUGAAAUUAAUUGAAGUUAUAUGGUGUAUCCGAACUUAUUGAACACCCUGUAUGCG